UCUGUAGCAGAGGAGCGAGCAGCACGAUGAGACGCCGGUAGCCGCCCGCCUUGGCAUGGCCGCGUCACGUUCCUCGCGCGUCACAAGGUCAUCGGUCGGGCUCAAUGGAUUGGACGAGAACUUCUGUGGCCGAACCCUCAGGAAUCGCAGUAUCGCCCAGCCGGAUGAGGGUCAGGGUUCACCCCUCCCCGGCAGCAAGGCCCCACGCUCUCCCAAGAAGAGACAGGACGACCAGGCCGGUGCCUCAGAGAAGCCUGGGGGUCACCGGGGAAAGGUAGCCCACCACAAGGCCGCCUCGGUGGACGGGGAGACAUGGUCAAGCCCCAGGAAGAGGGUCCUGUCCUGCUCAGAGAGAGAGGGUGUUGGUGGUUCGGAGAAGGUUGAGAACUGUGAAGGGAGGCGCAAGGAGACGUCGGGUGCUGUGGGGAGGGAUGCCUCGCCGCUCCACAAAAGGGCCAAACGGUGCCUCCGCUCUGGGGAGUCGCAUGGAUCCAAGGAUGACCUCCCGUCUGCGCCCCCUGUGCCCGUCAUCGCCGCCUCCCACUGUGCCCCCUUAACGACUGUGAAGGAGAACAGUGAAGGGGGCGACCUGCUCAGACAAAACUCCACCGCAGCUUCCCCUUCCUCUUCUUCACCUGACCUCAACAAGGAGGAAGGAGAGGAGGAGGAUGACGUCGGCGGCCAUAUUGAGAGCGACGGCCAUGCUCAGCAGCCCCUGAACUCCAACUCCCAUAAGUCCAGUAGCAGGCUUGGGCAGACCAGCAGUAGCCCUGAUGCUCAGACAAACUCCCUGUGUCUCAGCGCUGCCUCCAACACCACCUGUCCAGGUCCCGGUCCAGCACUGCUGAACGGCAGCCAGAGGGGGGCGCCCUGCCCCUCGCCCCCAGACCCCAUAGUGCCUUGUAGAAACUCUGAUCCUGGGCAGGAGGAAGAGUGUAAAGACUCUGAUCCUGGGCAGGAGGAAGAGUGUAAAGACUCUGAUCCUGGGCAGGAGGAAGGGUGUAAAGACUCUGAUCCUGGGCAGGAGGAAGAGUGUAAAGACUCUGAUCCUGGGCAGGAGGAGGAAGAGUGUAAAGACUCUGAUCCUGGGCAGGAGGAAGAGUGUAAAGACUCUGAUCCUGGGCAGGAGGAGGAAGGUAAAGACUCUGAUCCUGGGCAGGAGGUGGAAGAGUGUAAAGACUCUGAUCCUGGGCAGGAGGAGAUGUGUAAAGACUCUGAUCCUGGGCAGGAGGAAGAGUGUAAAGACUCUGAUCCUGGGCAGGAGGAAGAGUGUAAAGACUCUGAUCCUGGGCAGGAGGAAGAGUGUAAAGACUCUGAUCCUGGGCAGGAGGAGAUGUGUAAAGACUCUGAUCCUGGGCUGGAGGAAGAGUGUAAAGACUCUGAUCCUGGGCUGGAGGAGGAAGAGUUUAAAGACUCUGAUCCUGGGCUGGAGGAGGAAGAGUUUAAAGACUCUGAUCCUGGGCUGGAGGAGGAAGAGUGUAAAGACUCUGAUCCUGGGCAGGAGGAAGAGUGUAAAGACUCUGAUCCUGGGCAGAAGGAGAUGUGUAAAGACUCUGAUCCUGGGCUGGAGGAAGAGUGUAAAGACUCUGAUCCUGGGCUGGAGGAAGAGUUUAAAGACUCUGAUCCUGGGCAGGAGGAAGAGUGUAAAGACUCUGAUCCUGGGCAGGAGGAAGAGUGUAAAGACUCUGAUCCUGGGUUGGAGGAGGAAGAGUGUAAAGACUCUGAUCCUGGGCAGGAGGAAGAGUGUAAAGACUCUGAUCCUGGGCAGGAGGAAGAGUGUAAAGACACUGAUCCUGGGCAGGAGGAGGAAGGUAAAGACUCUGAUCCUGGGCAGGAGGAAGAGUGUAAAGACUCUGAUCCUGGGCAGGAGGAAGAGUGUAAAGACUCUGAUCCUGGGCAGGAGGAAGAGUGUAAAGACACUGAUCCUGGGCAGGAGGAAGAGUGUAAAGACACUGAUCCUGGGCAGGAGGAAGAGUGUAAAGACUCUGAUCCUGGGCAGGAGGAAGAGUGUAAAGACUCUGAUCAUGGGCAGGAGGAAGAGUGUAAAGACUCUGAUCCUGGGCAGGAGGAAGAGUGUAAAGACUCGGGGGAGUGUCCUGCUCCUAUUUUGGUCUCAUUUGAGGAGGACUCCUCUACUCCCCACCUGUCUGUCAGAGAGGAGGAGGUGGAUGUAGUGGGGGACUCAGUGUGUCGGGAGGAAGUGGUGACAGCGACCGAGGAGGAAGUGGAAGUGACACCGACCGAGGAGGAGGUGGAAGUGACACCGACCGAGGAGGAGGAGAGUUGCGGCGGGGGAAUUAACGGAUGGUCGUUCACCAGCAUCAUCAUCAUCAACAACAACAUCAGAAACGUAAACAACAUCAACAAUAACUCAGGAGAAUCCACCAUGCCACUGCUAGCCCCCCCAACACCCUCAGACCCACCUUGCACCCCCUCUAUCUCCGGCACAUCGCCCCCCUCCUUCACAGAGCCCCACGAACACAGGUACACCCUGAGGACUUCGCCCCGUAGGGCCGCCUGCGGCGGGGGCAAGGCCGUGGGCCCUUGUUCUCCUCCCAGGGACCCUCUGAGGGAGGUGGUGGAGGCGGGGAGAGAGCUGGUCGCUACUCCUACCCUCUCCUCAUUCUCCAGUAUCCAGGCCAGGGAGGGGUCUCCCCCGUCCAUCCCCAUGGAGCAGGGGAACGGUGGGGCUAGAAGGGACAGGGUAAGGUGGGACAGUACGGGCCGUGGGGAGCUCUGUGAGACCAGGGGAGGUCUAGACAGGAAGGAGGUGCCAAGAGGAGGAAGUCAACAGGAGGACGAGGAUCCAGACGUGUAUUACUUUGAGUCAGACCACCUGACCCUCAAGCAUAACAAAGAUUACCAGAGGUUACUCCAGACUGUAGGUGUGUUGGAGGCCCAGAGAACUCAGAGUAUACUGGACUUGGAGCGUCUGGCCGGACAGCAGAGAGAAGCUCUCCGAGACCCCGUCAGCUUUGUGGAGCAGCUGCAGAAACAGGUGGAGUUGGACCUGCCGCGGCCCCAGAGAGUGGUUCAGCUGCCAGACAUCUCAUGGGACCAGUACACCUCAGGACUGGGAGACUUCGAGAGGGAGUUUUGUGACAACAAACGCAAAACCAGGAGACUCAAACUCAUAUUCGAUGAGGUUAGGUUACCAGUCGGACCAAAAAGCCCUCUGGAUCCCAAGGAGGAGGGUGAACCGUCAACCCUGUACUCUGCUCUGCCCUCUAGUGACGCUCUUGAGAACUACAACAACUCACAGGUACAUCCCACUGUGAACCCACAGGCUGUACCCAAAGCCAUGUAUUCAGGGCAUGACUGCAGCUUGAUAACAACAUGUGUUAUGUAGCUAGCUAGGGCAUAACUGCCUCCGUUUCUCUACUAAUUGCUUUCAAAGAUCUCACAAAUGACCAUGUUAUUGCCAUUUUACAGCCCCUCGUCUCUGAUCACACCAUCCCAUUCCUCUACCCAUACUAGAGGACAAGAGAUGGUAUCUAUGGAAACAAACCACCUCUCUUCUUCUGGUGCUCUACUGCUGUGUGUGUGUGUGUGUGUGUGUGUGUGUGUGUGUGUGUGUGUGUGUGUGUAAAAUAAGUCAAUUUAAUUGAUUGUGUAGAUUCUCCUGAACAAAUAUCAUAUCACGUCUGCAUCCCAAUGGCAGCCUAU